UUUUUGACUUUGCCAAAAAAGCCACAAAAAAUCCGAUAUUUUCACGACAACGACGACGACGAUUACGAUGAUGGCGGUGUUGUGUUUGUGCGAUUUGUUGUUGCAGUCGGCACGAUUCUUCCUUGGCGCGUUUCUUUGCGUUGCUCGCGUUAACCGGCAGGCAGUAUCUCGACUUUUGUACUGACUUUUGGUUUGGUCCGGAGUAGAAUGCGAGACAAUUUUCGGUGCUUUUUGACUGUUUGGAACCUUUUUAAUAAUUACGUUGAAACGUUGUUGAUUCUUAUUAAAUAUUGUUUUGUUGAAUCUGAGGACGAACAAAAACAAAAACAACUCCCAAUCAAAGUCAAGGAACAACCAACAUAUGGCAAGACAACUCUAGGACAAACAACAAAAAAAAGGAAAACCUUAAAACAAAAAACAACUAAAAAAACAGCAAAUCGUGAAAACAACAACAAAAAAAGAACUUAUGUGCAAUCGUUUUGUUUUUGUAUUAACUUAAUUAAUUAACUAAAUAAUUUGUAAAUAACUAAUAAUUUAAGUUAAUUUUAGUUUGCUUUGGUUUCUUAUAAAUAUACGUUCAAACUAACCAGAGAGAGAGAGAGAGAGAGAGCAAAAAAGCAAAAAAAAAAUUAAAAAUUUUUCAAAUCAAAAAAAAGAACGCUCAGUUUCAUUACAUUCAGUUACAAAUACAACAAAAAAGUGAUUUUCUGUUAGUUUCUCAAAAUUUAACAAACAAAAUUUACAACAAAAUUUGGAUUACAACUACAACAACUACAACAACAACAACAACUGCAACCACAACAACCCCCAAAAACAAGAAAAUAAAAUAAAAAUACAAAAAUAACUAAUUGAAAAUAACAACAACAGCAAUAAUAGCAAAUAAUAAUAAACCAACAACAAUACAAAUAAAAAACUACCGCAACUACAACAACAACUACAGCUACAAUCGCAACAACCAAUAAAAAGGAUAAACAGCAACUCUACAACUACAACUACAACUACAGCAGCAAUAAAUUAAUAACAGUAACAAUAAUAAAAGCAACAACAAACCAACAACAACUACAAUUGAAAUAAAUAUAAUACAACAACUAAACAAACAAUUAAUUAAUACAAGUUUUAUAAAUAAUUAAAUCAGCAACUAAACAACAAUAAACCAAGCCCCCAAAAUCCACAACAACAACAACAAUAUAGUAACCAACGAAACAGAAAAGCAGCAACAACAAUAAAUCUACGAAACAAAAAAACCUUUUGGCAAAAAAGCAACAAUUACAAAAUUCAAGCAACAACAACAACAAUAACAGUAAUAGUAACAGCAACAACAAUAGCAACAGUAACAAGAAAAAAUCAAACAACAGCAACAACAACCGUAACAAAACCGCAAUAGUAAAAUAGUAACGAACAAAAUAAAUGCAAUAAAAACAACAACAACAACAACAACAAAUCUCUAAUAAUUAACAAUUUAAACUAAUUAAAGCAGAAUCCAUAAAAAAUAUAUCAAAAAAUAAUACAGCGCAGAUACCGUUAAACAAAAUCCGUGAAAUAGCAUACAAUACAAGCGAACCCAAAACUGAAAAUAAUACAAAUACAACAACAACAACAAAAAAUAGACUCAAAAUUUGCAAAUAACGGAAACCAUUUAAUAAUAAAUCAAAUCAAACAACAACAACAACAGUAAGAAAACAAAAAACAAAAACAAAAAAAACUACAACAGCAGCAGCAGCAACAAACAAACAAACCGGUUAACCAGCAAAUCAAACAAACAAACAAAAUAAAAAUAAAAAUAAAAUAAACAGGAAAAAAAAUAGAAAAUCGAAAUAGCCAAAAUUUGUUAAAUUUUUCAACAAAAUUUCAAUUCUGGACGAGAAUCGUAAAAAUUUGCACAUUUUAAUGAAAGAAACUUUUAGUUCGGUAAUUUUUCGUGUUUAAAAUUUUGUUCCGAACUGUUCUGAACACGAGUGUCAAAAAAGCCAAAAAACAACAACAACUAAAAGUGAAAAAAAAACAAAAACAAACAUAUGUGAAGAACAAAAAAAGAAAAUUUCGCUAAAAGCAUAGAUAAAGAACAAAAAAAAAAGCUUGAAAGCAAAAAAGUUUGAAUGCAAAAAAAGAAUCGAAUUGUGUUGGCCAAAAUAAAGAAAUAAAAAAAUAUAUAUAUAUUUCUUCCAAGUGUUGAAAAUCGGUAAGAAGAAAGUGUGAGUGCGCUUUGAUAGUGUUGCAAGUAGUGAGAGAACACAACAAGUACAGAUUUUCGAACGGAUUUGCGACGAAAACGCGUGAAAAAAAAAAACAUUUUUUAAAUCCAAAAAAACCGUUUCGAAAUUUCACUAAAGACAAAACCGCUAUUUCGAUAAAGAGUACGGUAACAGUAGUUUAGCGUGGUCGAAAGCGUAUUUUUGAAAACAAAAAAACACAGUUGAAGUACCGGCAACAAGCGGUUAAAAAGUGUUUAGAUACUGCAAACUGCUGCGUGAAAAAUCGUGCAAAGCAUUACAGCAACAAAACAACACAGUUGCAAACAAAAAAAACCAAUAUAAAUUGCUUCAAAGCAAAAUCAAAAGAAAUUUUGAAAAAACCAAAAACAAAAAAAACUUUUUGCAAAAAAUUUUGGACACAAAUUUUUAGCGUUAGUUUAAAAGUCAUGGAUUCUCUGUGCGUAAACCAAAUGAAAAUUACAUAAAAUACCUACACACACACUCACACCUACAAAAAUGUAAAAUUAUAAAAAAAAUAUACAAAAAAUUUAUUAAUGUAUUGUGGCACAAAAUAAAUAUUAAAAAAAAGAAAAUAGUUUCGGAACAAAAAAACCAAAAUAAAUAUUCCAUUUGUAUGCGUAAACUAUUAACGAGAUAAAUAAAUAAUGAUAAUAAUUAAUAAACUAUAAAUAUGUCAAAUAAUAAUAGCGUCAAGCGUCAAAAGCAAACGUAAAUAAGCAGUAGACGAGUUUUACAUAUAGCAUUUUGUGCAACCGACAAAAAAAUUUACUAUUUCAAAAGUCUAAAACUGUUAAAACACAACAAAAAUUAGAAUCCUGAAAAUUAAAGCUACAAAUUGCGGCAACUACUUUUCGUACGGAUUUCAAGAGAAAGCAAAAUAGUUCACAUUUUGCACAUACAAAAAAUAUACAAAAAAAAAUAUUUUGGCAACAAAACUAUAUCAAAUCAAUAUCAAUUGCAACUGAGAAGUCAACGGAAUCAAACGAACAACGGCAGCACCUUCCACACAAGUGAAACAAUAUUGUCAAUCACGUAAGAGGGACACAGUCAGCGGACAACAACUACAAACUGGCCAGCUGUUUUGAAAUUCCAAAAACAAGAAAGCAAAUUUAGAAAACAUUUCAUGAAAAGCGAAAGAUUUUAACUUUAGAUACAAAAACACAACAAUUUUGGACUAAAAGUAAAGAUUUUAGCGCGAAUAUAAGAGAAUAACAAUUAGAGUGUAAAGUCAAAUAAAAAAAUAAAAUAAUAAAAUCACAUAAAAAUCAUUUAACACAGAUGUGAAAAAAAAUAAUAAAACAAAAACAACAGAGCAUAAAAUUAAAAAACAACACCAGGUUUGAGGAGAAAGUCAAUAAAGCACGAUAAUAAAAUAAUAAAAACCUUGCAAUCAAAGCAGAAACACCAACAAAAUAUGAGUAACCCCUUGAAAACAACAAAUACAACAACAACAGUAAUAAGUAAGCACUUGAAACAGGAGUUGUGAACAGAACAACAACAAGUGUUUCAAAGCGAGUACUAAGCGCAUCAAUAAGCCAAUGAAGCGCAUUAUAUGAAACAAGAAAUACAACAACAGGCAAAUCAGUUAAAGAAAGAGCAGCUGAGCAGUUAAAGCAUAUUGCAUGUACACGUUGAAAAUGGGCUUUGCCGAGCAAUAACAACAGACAGUGUAAUUGCAACACUGAAAUUUACCGUUAAAUUAACGUAAAUAACGCCAAAGGAGUUGAGCACUCCACGCAAAUAGGAAAAUAUACGCUCCCAGCAGCUUUACAAAUCCAAAACGCUUGAAUUGUUUACACCACAGAGGGAGCAGCAACAAUCACAAUACACACACACUCACACACACCUUCCUCCAGCGACAUGGCGAUCAAUUUCUCCGCAUCGUUUGCGGCUUGCAUCGCCGCUGGAUUGAAGGUACCGCGACAAAUAAUGUAUUGCAUCACGCAAGACACGGGCCAGCCCUAUGUGCUGUACAAGGACUCACAGGAUGGCGAACGCAAUCCGGCCGCGAUUGGCGGUUCGGCCGCACAGUGGGGCAGCGAAAUGUAUCCGGGCAUACAGCAGCAGGCGCAGCAACAUUUGCAACAACAACAGAAUGGACAAAAUCCAGCCGCACAGAUAGCGAGUGCCGCGCAAGCAGCCGCUGCGGCGGUGGCGCAACAACAGCAGCAACAACAACAGGGCCAACAGCCGCAAAGUCCCACGGGCGAUCCGAAUGUGCGCGAGAACGGCGAUGGCGUGGGGCGGCAGCAGGGCUCGCCCUCAACGAGUCCAUAUCCGCCGCAACAGCGCGUCAAUGGCGGCGGACCACCCGACGAUGAUGUCACCAUGAAUCAGGUCGCCAAUCUGCAGGCCAACCAACAGAACUCGGCGCAAUCCAAUCCAAACCAAAGCAACAAUGACCCGCAACAACAUCAGAGCUCGGGCCGCGACGGCGGCACGGGGAAUCCACAGCAGCAACACGUACAGAAUGGUGGUCCCUCGCAACCGGGUCAACCUAACGAUAACUUCCAAACGCCGCAGGGCGGUGAACUCGGCGGCUACUAUGCGCCACGUCAUCCAGCGCCACAAGGCGCUAUGCUGCCGCCACCCGGCUUUCCGGCCUUGCACUAUCUCAACAAACCGGUGUUGCCGGGCAUGGCGAACGCCAUGGAACAGAAUGGCGGUCUCGAGGGCUAUGCCAUGCCCGAACUGCUGCCCGGCGCUGGUGGCGGUGGUGAUCAACAAGGCAAUAAUGGUCAGCAGAAUGGCGGCGCUGGCGGUAAUGGCGGCAAUGCACACAACGGCGGUGCGAAUGGCAAUGGCGCCGGCGGAGAUGGUGCAGUCGGCGCUACCGGUGGCACCGGCAACGGCAAUGGCACUGGCACUGGCACAGGUGGUGGUGGUACUGGCACAGGUACCGGCACCGGCAGCGGACGUGGACGUCAUCCGAAUCCCAAUAAACCGCCAAAACCGCACAGCGAUUUGCGCCUGUUCAAGUGUUUGACCUGCGGCAAAGAUUUCAAACAGAAGAGCACACUACUGCAGCACGAUCGCAUCCAUACCGACGCGCGUCCCUAUCCAUGUUCGGAGUGUGGCAAACGUUUCCGUCAGCAAUCGCAUCUCACACAACAUUUACGCAUACAUGCCAAUGAGAAGCCGUUCACGUGCGGCUAUUGUUCGCGCAGCUUCCGUCAGCGGGCGAUACUCAACCAACAUAUACGCAUCCAUUCGGGUGAGAAGCCCUACGCAUGCCCAGAGUGCGGCAAGCACUUUCGCCAGAAGGCCAUCCUCAAUCAACAUGUGCGCACCCACCAAGAUGUCUCACCGAAUCUUAUCUUCAAGAAUGGUCCACAUCCGACACUGUGGCCACAGGAUGUACCAUAUCCGGGUGAUGAGACUGACACGAAGAAUGAUAUAGCCGGUGGUAGUGGUUAUCAUGAUGAGGAUUCACAGGGUACGCCAGAUGGCAGCGGCGGUAUACAUUAUCCGUCAUACUUUAAGGACAGCAAAGGUAAUAAGAACUGGCAAAAGAUCUUACCAGAUGUGCUGCAGCAUAUCGGCGUACGGCCAGCCAACAUGCCACUCUACGUGCGUUGUCCCAUCUGUGACAAGGAGUUCAAGCAGAAGACCACACUACUGCAACACGGUUGCAUACACAUCGAGUCGCGACCGUAUCCAUGCCCCGAGUGCGGCAAGCGCUUCCGACAACAGUCGCACCUAACGCAACAUUUGCGAAUACACACGAAUGAGAAGCCGUUCGGCUGUUUGUACUGUCCGCGGUUCUUCCGACAGCGCACCAUAUUGAAUCAGCAUAUUCGUAUUCACACCGGCGAGAAGCCAUAUAAGUGCGCGCAAUGCGGCAAAGAUUUCCGUCAGAAGGCCAUACUGGAUCAGCAUACACGCACGCACCAGGUAGGCGAUCGUCCAUUCUGCUGCCCAAUGCCAAAUUGCCGACGUCGCUUCGCCACCGAGAACGAGGUGACCAAACACAUCGACAACCACAUGAAUCCGAACACGACCAAACGGCCACGUCAAAGCAAUCCGAAUAACCAGAAUGCGGCCAAUGCCAACAAUCCGAAUGCCAACAGUCAUGCUGCUGCCGCCGCCGCCGCUGCAGCGGCCAAUCAUCUGAUGAACGAGACCAAGAAUGCGGCACAACAAUUCCUCAACAACAAUAAUCCGGCAGCGGCUGGUGGCGACAACAAAGCGAAUAUAUUGCCACGCGCCAUGGCGGCCGUACAGAAUGCGGCUGUGCAACAGUCGGUGGUGAAGAAUGAAUUGUACUUCCCGCAGUGUUAUGGACCGCCGUUCCAGCAGACGUUUCAAACGCAGGGACAGCCCACAGCGGCGCAUAGCGGUGGCGCCGCCUCACAGGCGCCGGUGAAUGUGACGGUGCCGAAUUCGGUGGCGCCGGGUGUGGUGGUGCAACAGAAUACACCGACAUCGGUGGUGGCUCAGUGACAUCCCACCACAGCGACAGCAGCCGCAGCUGCAGCGGCGGCAGUGGCGGCAGCAGCAGCUGCAAAUAAUGGUGGCGCGCAGCAAGUUGGUGGUGGAGGAGGAGUGGUGGUGCCAACGUCAGCACAAAGUGCCACAAACAACAACGCUGCAGCGCAGCAGCAGCAACAACAGCAACAGCAGCAACAACAACAGCAGCAGCUGCAGCAACACCAACACGCGCAACAUGGUCUCUCACCGCCACAAACCGUUACACUCUCCAUCACAUUGCCACCGGUGGCGCCCUUGCCGAGCGCCGCCGCCGCAGCAGCAGCAGCCGCAGCCGCCGCGGUGGCACAUCACCCAGUGCAGGCGCAUCAAGCGUCGCAUGUGGGUGGUGGCGCAAGCCUUUGCGGACCGCCCACACACCUGCCGCCCGCGCAUAGCGGCGGAGGAGGUGGUGGCGCGCUGGGUGUGCAACCACCACCGCCACCGCCACCACACACACUGUCACACGCUAUUCCUAUACAUCCCCAUAUACACUCAAUAUUCGGAUCUCUAUGAUGUCAUCAAGCAGCAGCCUAAUUAUAUGAAGAAUACGAUUAGAAUUGAGCAGCCAACAGUAAAUAAGCAAAAAAAAUAUUUUAAAAAUUUUUUGAAAAAAAAAUUAAACAAAUGAAAGAGCGCGUAAAAAUAACAGUAACAACAAACAAUAACGGUACAUUUACUAAACUACUCAAAACACCAGCGAAAAAGUGCACUCAAACCAACAGCUACUCAAAUAUAUACACUCAAUUUCUGUUUGCUGCAACGUUGUGCGCUCGCUACAGUUUUACGCGUUGAAUAUAAGUGCGACGUGCGCAUGCGUUACAGUCUCAAUAUAUAGGCCUGAAAGAUACUAGGUACUAAAUUGUUUAAAAAAAUUACAACAACAACAUUUAGUUGGGCCCUACUGCAUAUGCAUACAUACAAUUAAUUUACUGUUCUCAAUUAUGUGUUACAUUUUUAUAUAACAAGUUGAAAAAUAGUAAUGCAAGCAGUGUAGUUUAGCAUUGAAAAUUCGUUAAAAUAAAUUUGAAAAAAAUUCAAAAAAAAAAAUUAACCGUUAUAUGAUAGGCACUCAAUUCUUGUGUGUAUUAGGCGCAACUACUACCACACUACCAAUACAACUUUUUUUUAUAUACUUAUAACUCCCGUUAUACGUUGCAAUACAAACUUAAGUACGCCCGUACAGUGUGUGCGAGAAGCGCGCUCGGACAGACAUACUUACAUAUAUACAUACUACGGUUAUAUAACUGCAUUAUUAGCGCCACAAUUUGCUUUAAACUACGCCGUAAUUAUGAUUAUAAAUUUUUUAAUUUUUUUUUAUUUAAAAAUUUUUUUUUUUAAUUUUUUUUUAUUUAAAACAAAAAAAAAAAUUAUUUUAUUUUUAACUUUUUUCGUUUAACAGCAAGAAAUGUGAAAGGAAAUUGCAAAUGUAUGCAAGAAAAAAAAUUAUUUUAUAAUUAAAUUGUUAAGUAUUUUGUUUUCUCUACUAAAUAGGCCUGCUUAUAACAACAGACAUACAUAUAUAUACAUAUAUAUAUAUAUCUACUACAUAUAUAUAUAUAUCUACUACAUAUAUACAUACAUACAUAUAUAUAUAUAUAAAUAUUAACUGUAAUUUCAAUAUAAUUUCUUACACACACUUAAUUUUAUAAGCGAGUACUGUACUAAGUUUUAAACGUGUUGCAAGCAAGGCAGAAAAAAAUUUGCGCAAAAAAAGUUGAAAAAAGCAAAGAAAAAAAUUUUAAAUGUAGCUCUUAAUUUUAAUACAUAAAAAACUCUAACCUUACUAUACUUACAUAUAUAUAAAUAUUAUUUUUUCAACUACACUUACAUAUGUAUACGCUCAACACUGUCAACUCACACACACACACACACACACAACACAAACACACAUUUGAAUAUUACUUAUGUGUUUAAAGCGUUUCAUCCAUACAUACAUACCUAAAUAUAUACAUACAUACAAACAUACGAGUGCAUGUAUAAAUAUGUAGCUUUUAGCGCGUAACCACAACAAAGUCUUUUCGAAAAGGACUCUAAACUUUGAUUAUACUUAGAUGCGAAAAAAAAAGUUUAAAAAACAUUUUUUUUAACAAUUGUUAGCAAGAUACACAAAAAAAUACUGACUUAAUCAAACAAUAGCCCAACCAGAAUGCAAUAGUAGAUAUAAAUAAGGAAAAGGAUAAGCCGAAAUGUGUUUGAUUGAAAUUUAGUGCUGUGCAGUUCUUAAUGAGCUUUUGAGUGUUAAGAAAGUUGCUCAAAAAUGUUUACUUAGAUGAAGAAUUGCUUCAAUUUGAGCUUUAUAUUUCAGUUUCAAUAAAGUUUGAGAAAUUUCAACUUCAAAAGCUUUUAAGCUUCGAAAAAGCUUUCAAAAACUUGUUAAAAAAGCAAAAGCUCUUGAUUUUUAAUGAUUUUCACAAGAAUUUGUUGGUAAAAAUUGUUAAAAUAAUUGACCAAAUACACCAUUCAAGCUUUUAAGCUUCAAAUAAGCUUUUAAGAACUAAAAACAAAAAAAAAGCUAUCGAUUUUUAAUAAUUUUUACGAGAAUUCGUCUGUAAAAAUAUGUUAAAAUAAUUCAAACACUUCAUUUUAGUCACUUAAGCUUUUAAGCUUCGCUAAAGCUGUUAAAAGCUUUAUUAGAAAAAGAAAAACUUUGGAUUUGUAAUGAUUUUCAUGAGAAUUCUUCUGUAAAAAUUGAAAAAUAAUUAACCAUAUAUACAAUUUAAGUUUUUAAGCUUCAAAAAAGCUUUUUAAAACUUAAAAAAAAACAAAAGCUUUUGAUUUGUAAUCAUUUUGACGAGAAUUCGUCUGUAAAAAUUUGUUAAAAUAAUUCAAACACUUCAUUUUAGUCACUUAAGCUUUUAAGCUUCGCUAAAGCUGUUAAAAGCUUUAUUGAAAAAAGAAAAGCUUUUGAUUUGUAAUGAUUUUCACGAGAAAUUGUAAAAAUAUUUAACCAAAUACACAAUUUAAGCUUUUAAGCUUCGAAAAAGCUUUUAAGAACUUAAAAAAAAACAAAAGCUUUCGAUUUUCACUGAUUUUUACCAAAUUUUGUCUGUAGAAAAUGUAAAAAUAUUUAAAAUAAUGUACCAAGUAUGCAGCUUCAGCAUGUCAAUUGCAAAAAAAUAUAUUUCUCCUGAAAAGCUUUUAGCUCAAAAGUUCUUACAUCAGUGACCAAAGAAAAAAUCCGGAAAAAAUUUACUAGCGGUUUUAUUUGGCGGAGAAAUAAGCGGAAAAUUUUCCGUAAAGCUUAUUUUAAACUUUGAAAAGCUAUAAUAAGUUUGGAAAAAGCUCUUUUUUAAAAGCUUAUUAUUCAGAAAACUCGGAUUUCUCAACAACUAUAAUGCUACUGGUUCCAAUAAGCAUUCUGAGGCUUAAAGUGGAAGCCAGUUGAGCAAUUUUCAGCGUAAAUUCACGCAAAUUACAAAAAAAAAAUCAAAUUUCACAUUUCGGUUAUACCUUACAACAAACAGCCAUAAUUUAGCAAUAAAUAAGAAUAUUUUUUUUUUUAAUAUUUUUUUAAUAAAUAUCAAUACACACUCUCACAACACAACAAUAAACACUUAUACACACAUAAGUAUGUAGCAUAUGACUUCAACUAAUUACACUAUGUACUAAGCAACACUUACUUCUAUGAAAUGAAAUUGAAGCAAAAAAAAAAAAAAAACGAAUAAACUCGUAAAUUUAGUUUAGUUUUUUCGCUUAAGUGAUAUGAAAAUGAAAUCUUUUAAUAUUAAAAAAAUUUAUGAUUUAACAAUAUUAGCGACAAGCAAGCAAAUAUGCUUGAAUGAAUGCCUUGAGGGGGUUGCGUUGGCGUAUGAGUAACAGCUGAGUUAUGUACUAGUAGUAGCUGCGUGAUGAGCAUGAAGCAAGUGUCAAGCGUAUGACUUUUACUUUAUGCGAACAUUUUACUUUUAAGUUCAACUUGAUACUAUAUAUAUUUUGUAUAAUAUAUAUAAAUUCCUUAUAUAUAUAAAUUGCAGCAAAUUUAUAAAAAAAUAUGAUUUGUUUAUUUUAUUUUAAAAAGAAUUUUUUAUAAUGAAGCAAAAAAAAAUAGUUUGUCACAAAUAAUUGUUUUUUUAUUAAUUAAUUAUUAUUUUCAACUUUAAUAUAUAUUUUAAGAAUUUAUUUUAACCAAACAAACUUAUACUAAAAUGUAAUAUUUUUUCACAGCAAAUUGUGAUUUAAUUAUUUUUUUCCAUGCCUUAUUUUAAUAAAUUUCCUACAACUCUUAUUUAUUAACAAAAAUAUUUUUGAAAAAAGAAAAUUAUAAAAAAACACUUUCAAAGCGUGUAUAAAAAACAAUUUAAGCCUACGCAUAUGUCUUCCCAAUUGUAAAUUAUUGAAAAAUAUUUUUUUUUUCAUUCAUUGAGAUAUAAGUUUUGUAAUUUUAUGCUGUGGUUUUUUUCUACUUGUAAACUACUUUAAGCGCGUAACCACAACAACAACAAGUGUUAAGUUAAAAAAAAAAAUAUAAAUUAGAGACGCAUAAAUAAAUUAGUUAAAAAGUGCGAGGCAUGCUUAUGUGUGAUCUAAGAUUAUUGAAAUGCAAAAAAAAAAAUUAAUUCUAAAUACAACAACAUUUACAAAAAACAACUCGUUAGGUGCCAUAAAAAAGCAGCAAACAUACAUACAUACAGGCAUAUAUAUGUAAAUAAAUAAUGCAAAGCGUUGCAGUGAUGAUGUGCGGCAUUACCUGGUAAUGUCACGUGAUACGAGUUGAAAAAAAGUAAAUAAAAAUUUUCAAUAAUAAAAAAAAUUUUAAAUAAUUUUAAAAAAAUUUUAACUCAUUAAAAAAAAACUUUUGAAUAUUUAAAAAAAAAUUUAAAUAAUUAAAAGAAAAAAAUUUAAAUAAUUUAAAAAAAUUUAAAAAUUUAAAUUUGAUUGAAUUUUUCAGAUUGAAAUUUAAAAAAAAAAUUUUAAAUAAUUUUAAAAAAUUUUUAAAUUUUUUAAACAACACACAAGCCGCACAUAAGCAUGCUUCAGCAGCUAUUUAAUAAAUUUAUACUAAAAUUAUGCGCAAUUUCCUGGCAGCAAGCGCAUUAGUUCUCAAAAUCUUAUUGUAAAAAAUAUUAAAAUUCCUUUGCGCGUGUGGUUAGUUGUUUAUAUGCCUUAUUUUUAUGUAUUAAAAGUAAAAAAAAGAAAUUAAUUAAUUUUAAUAAUUUCACAUUUGUUUAAUUAUUAUUAUAAAUAUAAAUAUUUUUUUAAUUUUACUUUUUUUGUAUUGUGAAAGCAUUUAUAAUUGUUAAAUUAUUUAAAAAAACAAACGAAAGGCAGUAGCAUGUUUCCUAUUGAAAGAAAAGCAACAAAAUAUAAUUUCUUGCAAAAAAGUAAAUAUUUAUAUAAUUUAAAGCAGUAUAAUGAGUAUGAGCGCAGCAACAACAGCACACACACACACAAACACACAUAUAUAUACACAGACACACACAAAGUACGUAUGAAACGUACAUAUAAAUUAUAUAUAUACAUACAUAAAGUAAAUGGAUUAUAUAACUGCAUACAUAUGUUUAUAUGUAUCUGCCGUGUAACGUGUGCAUAAGUUGUACUUUUAAUUUCACUUGUUUUAUUUUUUUCUAAUAUUAGUUAAGUUUUAAACAGCAUCAACUUGCAUAUAUAUAUAAAAUACACUAAUGUGCGCUGAUGAGAAGAAAAUUAUUAUACUUUUAAAUAAAAUUAUAUAUAUAUAUAUACAUUUUUUGACA